UGAUUGUAGAUGAGACUUGAAACAAAUUAAAUCCUUCCGGGUUUAUGUACUCCUCAUAGAUCUCAAACUAAUUCUCAAUUCCUCAAAUUGCUUAAUUUCCACGACAUGGAAAAGCAACCGCCGGUUAGCCAGCCAAGAACGGUGUCAAUGGACCAUGUCCUAGCCGCAUUGCAAGAGACAAACGAGGAAAGAGAAACUAGGAUUCGUAGCCUUUUCAAUUUCUUCGACAAGGCCAACGUUGGGUAUUUGGACUACGGUCAGAUCGAAGAAGGGCUUUCUGGGUUACAGAUUCCAGCCGAGUAUAAGUACGCCAAGGACUUGAUUAGUGUUUGUGAUGACAAUAAAGAUGGGAGGGUUGAUUAUCAUGAAUUUAGAAGGUAUAUGGAUGAUAAAGAGCUCGAACUUUAUCAGAUUUUUCAGGAUAUAGAUGUUGAACACAAUGGCUGCAUUCUUCCUGAGGAGCUAUGGGAUGCACUUGUUAAGUCUGGUAUAGAACUUGAAGACAAAGAACUGGCAAGUUUUGUUGAUCACGUUGACAAAGACAACAACGGAAUUAUUACUUUCGAAGAAUGGAGAGAUUUUCUUCUUUUCUAUCCACACGAAGCAACUAUAGAGAACAUUUAUCGCUACUGGGAGAGAGUGUCUGUUGUCGAUAUAGGAGAGCAGGCAGUUAUUCCCGAAGGCAUAAGCAAGCAUGUUAACACCAGUAGAUAUCUGAUUGCAGGGGCAGUUGCAGGAACAGCUUCUCGCACUGCAACUGCUCCUCUCGAUCGCUUAAAAGUUUAUAUGCAAGUACAGACUUCAGAAGCUCCUGUUUCACAUGCUAUUAAGAACAUAUGGAAGGAAGGUCGUGUUUUUGCAUUUUUUCGUGGGAAUGGGUUAAACGUAAUUAAGGUUGCUCCUGAGAGUGCAAUCAAGUUCUAUGCUUAUGAAAUGUUGAAAGAAGUUAUUGUAAAUGCGAAAGGGGGAGAGAAGAAUGAUAUUGGAACAUCUGGUCGCCUUAUUGCUGGUGGGAUGGCGGGUGCAGUCGCCCAAACUUCUAUCUAUCCGAUGGAUCUGGUGAAGACUCGAUUACAAACUUGUGUUUCGGAGAGUGGAAAAGUCCCUAGCUUGGCAAAACUAUCGAAAGAAAUAUGGGUUCAAGAAGGUGCACGAGCUUUUUAUAGAGGGCUUGUGCCAUCACUUCUUGGUAUUAUACCAUAUGCAGGAAUUGAAUUAGCUGCUUAUGAGUCAUUGAAAGACAUGUCCAGGAGAUAUCUCUUAAAGGAUCAAGAAACUGGGCCAUUAGCGCAGCUUGGGUGCGGAAUGACUUCUGGAGCACUUGGAGCAACAUGCGUUUAUCCACUUCAAGUUAUUAGGACAAGAUUGCAAGCACAGCGAAUGAACUCUGAUGAAGCAUACACGGGGAUGUGUGAUGUAUUCAGAAGAACCCUAAAAAAUGAAGGGAUUAAAGGUUUCUACAAAGGACUGUUGCCAAAUCUACUAAAGGUUGUGCCAGCAGCAAGCAUAACAUACCUGGUGUAUGAGACUAUGAAAAAGAGUUUAGGUCUCGAGUAAUAAUGAGGCUUAAAACAAUUGACUGACACUGCUGAUAGAAUGAAUGAAUGAAUUUUUUCAAAAUUCUAAUGUGAGAUUUGAUGUCACACCUUCAUGGAAGGCAGGGCCUUUCUGUAAUAAGAAGCAUUAUUAUAUAUUAUUGUUCAUAAUUUUACCUCAAAGGUGUUAUUAAAAGAUGGAUCAAAUCCAUCUUCUUUGAGAUGUA